CAGAGCUCGGCCCUGGCUGCUCGUUCGCAGCCUCGGCGCCUUCAGGCGGCUGCACUCGGCCAUUGCCACGGCAGUUGUUGGCACAGCAUUGGUUUCUGUCAGUCACUGCUGUCAAUUGGCAGAGAAUUGGUCUCUGUGAGCGACUCCGGAACUCGCAAAGCAUUGGUCUUUGCGAGGGAGUCCUGAAUUUCCUUUGAAGUUUUGCUGAGGCCUUGUUGCUCCUCUGUGACACCCUCCCUUCAGAAUGGCUUCUGGAUUCCUGAAAAAGACACCGACACCUCGUCUUUUGCUGAGGGAAAGACUGCAGCCUAACACUCUGCUUCCCUCUAAGUUCCAGCAGGAGAAGUUUCUCAGCACAAAGAAGGAGACCAGCACUGGGGGGAGUAUUCUGCCCAGAAUUGGCCCAUGGAUAGACCUGAGCAAGAAUGGUCCAAAGGCAGAGUCUUUUUGGGCAGUCACAGACAGAGCUGCGGCAGGAAAAAUUAAUGGAGGAGAAAGAAACAGGGAAAGAGAAGGGCUCUUGUGAAGAUCGUGCUGCCAGCCUGAGAGCCCCAGGGGAGAUGGCAAAGGUGCACCAGGACCCCAUGUUCUCGGAUGACGUUUCUUUCAUUGAGCCAAUGGAGGGAGAAAUCGAGCCGGAUGGUUUGGCCAAAAUUAAGAUGACUUUCAAACCCCUGGAAGCAGUGGAGUAUCAAAGUGUGGCUUGUUGCAGCAUCUCAGGCCGUGAGAAUAGGCUGCCCCUGCAGCUCAGAGGGGAAGGCCAAGGACCCUUGGUUGAGCUCAGCUGUGACACUCUGGACCUUGGGGACAUUUUUGUCAAUACCCCCCAUGUCUGUGAGGUGAACCUGAUCAACCAAGGAGCUCUUGAUGCUCCCUUCAGCUACAUCCCUUCGGCCACAAAGGUGGGCUUGGGCUUCAAGUUGGCACCCCAGGAGGGCAUCAUUGCAGCAGGUGGGAGCCAGACUCUCCAGAUCUCCUUCAGUGCCACCGUGUUGGGGAGGUUUGAGGAAGAAUUCCGGUUCAGUCUGGCUGGAUCUCCUACGCCUGCCAUCCUGACCAUCAAGGGCAGCGUCACUGGACCCAGUUUGCACUUCGACCUCCCUGAGCUCGACUUCGGGGACAUCUCCUUUGGCUUUCCCUACACCCAGCGCUGCCGGCUCACUAACAGCUCCCCGGUGCCCGUGACGUUCCAGCUCCGCAUGUCGUUCGAUGGCACGCAGCCGGCCGUGGACAGCGUCGAUCAGAUCCGCUGCCACAGUGACCCAGCCUGGAGGAAGGGCAUUCACUUCUAUGUGGAGCCCCGGGAGUUUACAAUCACUCCCAGCAGAGGGACCAUCCUGCCCCAGGGACACCAGGACAUCCAGGUGACCCUGUGUUCCAACUCGGUGAUGGAGUUCUACAGGAAGAUGCUGGUGGAUCUGGAGGGUUUUGGCAAGGGAGUGGCAUCAUUGGUCAUCACAGCCAGAUGUCUCGUUCCCAAGCUGCAAGUGUCCCCCCACGUGCUGCAGUAUGAUGAGUGCCUCCUGAAGGUGCCAUAUGAGAAGAAGUUCCUGAUUAGGAAUCCCAGCCACCUGCCUGGCUGCUACGGGCUCAUUGAACAGAAACGCAAGGAGGACGCUGCUGUUCUCUACUCCAGCCCCAGGCCCUGUGGGAUUGUCCAGCCUCACAGCACUGCAGAGAUCCCAGUGCUGGUGGAAGUGCAGGCGCUGGGCACGCAUCGCACCAAUGUUCUCAUCGGCGUGUUCGGGGAUGAGAGAAACCCACUGAGAAAACAGUUAUGGAGCUCUGGACAGCUGGCAGAAACCUCCCCAAGCCCAAGGCUGAUGGAGUCUGGCAGGAUCCCAGCACUACAGCCCAUAGAUGAGCUUCACCCACCUCAAUUCACUCCCCAUCCACCAAAGGAGAUGAGAACAUGUUUGGAUUGCCCAGUGUCUCGAUGGAGGCACUUCAAGGCUGGAAAGCAGGAGGCAGCCACAGCCCUGACUGAAGAGCAGGAUUUGACCCAGUCUUCAGGAGUAGAGGCUUCCAGUAUCCUGCCAGUGUCAGGUGUGCUGCAGCCAGGAGAGAGCCAGCAGGUCUCCUUGCCCUUCUCUGGCCACCUCAACAGCAUCUCCAGUGCCACGGCGCUGUGCCACGUGGAGGGAGGCCCCAGCUCCGAGGUGCUGGUGCCCGGGGAGGCCUCACGUGCCAGCUGCUCCCCGAGCCCCCAGGAGAUCAGCUGUGGCUCUGGGGCACCUCUCAGGGAGAGAAGGGAGCUGAAGCGGCCGGCUCCAAAGCUUGAGGAGGAGACAAAAGCCUUGGAGGAGGAAGAGAGGCAGAAGGAGAAAGAGAAGCAGAAGAAAGCAAAGAAGGGUGUCUCUGUGGGGAAGGAACCUCCAAAAGCAGAGAAGGGGAAAACCAAACCCCCAGAGAAGAAGGAAAGCAAGGCCCCAGAGAAGAAGGAUACCAAAAUCCCAGAGCGGAUGGAAACCAAAGCCCCAGACAAGAUAGAAACCAAACUCCCAGAAAAGAAAAACAAACAUCCAGAAAAGAAGGAAACUAAAUUCCCAGAGAGGAAGGAAAGCAAGGCCCCAGAGAAGAAGGACACCAAAGCAUUAUUAGAGAAGAAGGAAAAUAAAUUCCUAGAGAAGAAGGAAACCAAAGCUCCAGAGAAGAUUGAAAACAAACUCCCAGAAAAGAAAUACAAACCUCCAGAAAAGAGGGAAUCCAAAUUCCCAGAGAAGAAGGAAACCAAAGCUCCAGAGAAGAUUGAAAACAAACUCCCAGAAAAGAAAUACAAACCUCCAGAAAAGAGGGAAUCCAAAUUCCCAGAGAAGAAGGAAACCAAAGCUCCAGAGAAGAUUGAAAACAAACUACCAGAAAAGAAAUACAAACCUCCAGAAAAGAGGGAAAUCAAAAUCCCAGAGAGGAAGGAAAGCAAAGCACCAGAGAGGAAGGAAGUGAAAAUCCUAAAGAAGGAAAGCAAAUCUCCAGAGAAGAGAAGCAAACCUCCAGAAAAGAAGGAAACCAAAUGCCCAGAGAGGAAGGAAAUCAAAAUCCCAGAGAAGGAAAGCAAGGCACCAAAAAAGAAGGAACCCAAAGCCCCAAAGAAGGGGGAAGCCAAAGUGCCAGAGAAGAGAGAGACCAAAGCCCCAAAGAAGAAGGAACCCAAAGCCCCAAAGAAGGGGGAAGCCAAAGCCUGAAAGAAGGGAGGAACCAAAAUCCCAGAGAACCCAGCUGAGCUGGAGAAGAACUCUUUUUUUUAUUCACACAACUUAUUUUAUACAGUUUGACAAACCUAAUGUGCCACUUUAGUUAAUAGAUUUCUUAUUAUUAGUUAUGCCAGUUAUUCUGUUGGAUAAUAAAAUAUAUUCUACUUGUGCAUCAAA